AUAAAAUCAACACUAGAAAACAGAAGAUAACAAGGAGAGAAAUUUCGGGGUAUCCUAUGUUUAUUGUUACCUCUCUCCACCAUGUUUCCCGGCGCCUGCCGCCGAAAUUCUGUAUUCUUGAUUUUUCACUUUCACUACUUUUUACUUUUUUACCCCUCCCUCUCUCUCUCUCUCUCACACACACACACACACAAUCACACACACAAUUCAAAAUGUCGAUCUCAGUGUUCCUCCUUAGUGAAACAAGUCUUAUGUCGUACUCUUCUUCCAAUUCCAACCCUUUACUAACUAAAGCAAAAAGCUGAUUCCUUUUUUUUUUUCUAUUUAUUUAUUUCCAGAUUAAAAUCAUAAAUAAAUAAACCUCAAUUGAAAAGAAAAAACACACACACACAGACACACACAACAAUGGCGGUGGAUGUGUGCUCUGAAAUUUCAAGCCCAAGAAUCUCUUUCUCUCACGACCUCAAAGAACUCGACUUCGUCCCCGUCGAAAAAUCCCAUCUUUCCCCUUCAGAUUUCAAUUUCAAUUUCGAUUUCGAUUUAGAUUUAGAUUUCUUCGCCGCCGGCCAACAAAUCUCCUCCGCCGACGAGCUCUUCGCCGACGGAAAAAUUCUCCCCGUCCAGAUCAAGAAACCCCACCCGAUUCCACCACCCCAGAAAAAACCCGAAUCCACCCCCGUGAAAAAGACGCUAAUCGAGUUCCUGUCAACCACCUCCGACGGCGGCGGCGGCGAAGAAGAAGAAGUGGAGGAGAAACCGUCGACGGCGAAACCAUUCUGGCAGUUCAGAAGAAGCAGCAGCGUCAACUGCGAAAACGGCCGGAAGAAUAGCUUGCUCAGAUCUCUGCAUUUUCUCACGCGCAGCAAUUCGACGGGCUCUGUUCCUACAAACCCUAACCCUAACCCUAACAAUAACAACAAGGCUUCCGCCAUUCCUAAAAUUGUGAUGAAAAAGCAGCAAUCUUUGAAGGAGGGAUCGACGAAUCGAGCAAAUUCGUACGGCCCAUCUUUUAAUCAUUACAAGAACCCUAAUAAUCCUACAUUGAGGAAGAGCAACAGUAGCAGCAGAUCGUACGGCAAUGGUGUUCGAAUUACUCCGGUUCUGAAUAUUCCUCCUACUUUUAUUGCUAAAGGUAGCGCCGGUUUAUUUGGGAUCGGUUCCUUUUUCUGCAGUAAAAAAUCCCACAAGACUCAUAAGACUAAAAAAUGAUUCUUGAUAAAAAAAAUAUAUUCUUUUCUUUCUGUAUAUAUUUCUUUUUCUUUUUCUUUUUUGUUUUGUAUAGUGACAGUUUUGGUUACAAUCUUCAAUAUGUUCUUGUUGUACCUCUUUUGAGUUGUUUGUGCGCAAUAACUCUUUCCACUUAUGUGAAAGGGGGCAACUAUUUUGAAUACUAAUUUUUGCUUAGUUGAA